GGCCCUUAUUAAAGCGGCGGACUCCGCCCCUUCCCCCUCCCCAGCAGCGCCCCGGCCCGGCGGCGACAUGAGCGCGGACGCGGGCUACCGGCACCCCUCCAAGCGCCGCGUGCCGGCGGCCGCCCCCGCCAUGGCCGACCCGCACCCGCUCUUCGACGACACGAGCGGCGGCGGCGGCCCCCCCGCCCGCGGCUUCCCCGCCUCGCCGCCCGCCGCCGCCGGCUACCCGCCGCCCGCCGCCUUCCUCGGCGACCCCGUCUCCGACCUCGCCAUGGCCUACGGCAGCAGCCUGGCCAGCCACGGCCGCCACAUCGUGGACAAGAACAUCGACCGCUUCAUCCCGGUGAGCAAGCUGAAGUACUACUUCGCCGUGGACACGGUCUACGUGGGCCGCAAGCUGGGGCUGCUCGUCUUCCCCUUCGCGCACCAGGACUGGCAGGUGCGCUACCAGCAGGACACGCCGAUCGCGCCCCGCUGCGACGUCAACGCCCCCGACCUCUACAUCCCCGCCAUGGCCUUCAUCACCUACGUCCUCAUCGCCGGCCUGGCGCUGGGCACGCAGAACAGGUUUUCUCCGGACAUCCUGGCGCUGCAGGCCAGCUCGGCCCUGGCCUGGCUGAUCGUGGAGGUGCUGGUCAUCCUGCUGAGCCUCUACCUGAUGACGGUGAACACCGACCUCACCACCAUCGACCUCGUCGCCUUCUCCGGCUACAAGUACGUGGGCAUGAUCGUGGGCGUCGUGUCCGGGCUGCUGUUCGGCAGGACGGGCUACUACCUGCUGCUGAGCUGGUGCUGCGUUACCAUCUUCUUCUUCAUGAUCCGCACGCUGCGCCUGAAGAUCCUGUCGGAGGCGGCGGCCGAGGGCGUGCUGGUGCGCGGGGCCAAGAACCAGCUGCGCAUGUACCUCACCAUGGCCAUCGCCGCGCUGCAGCCGGUCUUCAUGUACUGGCUCACCUACCACCUCGUCUGGUGAGCCCGCCCGUGCCCGCCCGCCCGCUCGCUCCCAGGGGCCGCGUGGGAGCGGGACCGUGCAUCUCUCUGCCCAGGCGGGGGCGGGGGUGGGGGCUCUUGGCCUGGCUGGGAGCAGCUGCUGGAAACGGGGGGUUGGCACCAGUGCCCGGGGGCUCCAGCGUGGCACCGGCUUCUCUGCUCCAGUGGUGCAGCAGGUGCCCGUGCGUGCUGGACACUCCUGGCCCCUUGCUCUCGUGCCUGCUGGUGGCUGCUGCAUGCGUGACUCAGUGUUACCGUCUGAGGCCUGGGCUCACAUCCCCACCCCCACCCCUCUCCAGGGGCCUUGCCUUGGCACCAGCACUGGCCACGAGCCCCCUCCCUCCCCCCCCACAUCUGUAUCCACCGAGCCAAUAAACGCAGAGAACGGC